AAUGUACACACCGCAAAAUAGAAAAGUUACUGAUGAUUUGUUUGGCUUGUCGACUACCCUAGAUGUGACUACACCACCAAGUCUUUUACCAGACCAGAAUUUUUUGGGUGCACCUGGAGAUUGGAAUUAUCCGAGCGAUUUAACUCUUAUUCCGUUUGGUGAAUCUCCACCAAAUUCUUUAAUUGAUUCUAAUAAUUGUGCUAGUUUAUUGCCGUGUUUAACCGAAUUGGAAAAUGUAAAAACGGAAAUUGAAAUCGAUACUCCCGAAGGAUCUCCUUCGCCUGAAGUAUCCACACCUAUUACAAUAAAUACUAAAAUGUCUAAUUAUACGUGGCACAGUACUAGAUCCUUUACUUCUACCGAAAGUCAGGUUGUAGUUGUUCCAUCUGAUGCGAGAAAAAGAAAAACGUCAUUUCAUUAUGUUCAAUUUCAAGGUUAUAAUAAAAAAUCAGCGAAAAAAAGUCGAGAAAUGACACCUCUAUCUUCUCUUCUAACCGACUUUAAUACUGAUUCAAGCAAGCUUAACUUGAACACUUCAGCAAAAAAGAUUAGCUUUACUUCAAAAGGAAACUUCGACUAUCCAUAUCAUUUAAUAAAUGGAUCGCAUAGAAAACGUAAAUCAAAGAAUUAUGAUGAUUCUAAAAAAGGUGCUGGGUCGUCCUCGUCUGCUUCUUCUACUUCGUCGUCAUCAUCCAGGAGUGCUAUGAAAGGAUCUUCACCAAAUAGGGAUACCUACCAAAGCCAAAGGUUCAAUCCUUACGAUAUAAUUAAGACGAAGCAGCCAACUACUCCGUGUUCAUCGCCGACUUCUCCGUCUCAUAACUCUAAUAGCGAAGUUAAUAGUCCAACAACAAUCCCCUGCCAAUUGAUUUCUACACAACCGAUACAAAUCGAUGUACAAAAUGAAAGUCAGCAAUAUACAAUCUCCUUUCCAGUUUCUAAUUAUCCUGGUUACCCUUGUACAACUUGGACUUGA